AAGUAGAACUACAAAUCCCAUCCUGCGUUUCCCAAAGCAGCCAAUGAGCAUUCAGCGUCCUUGCUACGCGAUGUCCGUCAUCCAAUCAAAUAGCAGCAUGCUGUGUCACAUGACUUCGCCUUCAUUCUGCUCUGAAGGGACGUAGCCGUGCGUCCUGCGGGAGAUACUCCGAAACGUACGCAUCGCGCCGUCAGUGUCGCGUUUUCUCCUGUUCCAGCGAGUCAGAAAAGCGCCGCUCAGCUGGUUGUGUUCGGGGAGAGCCCCGCGGAAGCGAACAAACAUGCCGGUCCGUACCGACUGCUGUCAGGGCUCGUCGUUGGCCUGCACGGCCUCGGCCUCGGCCUCGGCCUCUCUCGUGCCGCCCCCGCCGAUCAAUACCCAUCAGCCCGGCGUCAACACCUCUCUGCUGUACAGCGGCUCCCAGUUCCGCGGAUACCAGAAGAGCAAAGGAAACUCGUAUGAUGUCGAGGUGGUUCUGCAGCACGUGACCAUGGAGGACUCGUACCUGUGUGGCUACCUGAAGAUCAAAGGUCUAACAGAGGAAUAUCCCACACUCACUACAUUCUUUGCUGGGGAGAUCAUAAGCAAGAAACGGCCUUUUUUAACCAGGAAAUGGGACGCGGAUGAGGACGUCGACCGAAAACACUGGGGGAAGUUUCAGGCAUUUUAUCAGUACGCAAAAAGCUUCAAUUCGGAUGAUUUCGACUAUGAAGAACUAAAGAAUAGUGAUUACGUCUUCAUGCGGUGGAAGGAGCAGUUCCUAGUUCCAGAUCACACAAUCAAAGACAUCAGCGGUGCUUCCUUCGCUGGCUUCUACUACAUCUGUUUCCAGAAGUCUACAGCCACCAUAGAGGGUUACUACUACCACAGAAGCUCUGAAUGGUAUCAAUCUUUGAAGCUCACACACGUCCCUGAACGCAGCGCACCCAUCUACGAGUUCCGGUGACACUGAAGUCCUGGAGGUGAAUCUACAGCGGACAUGAGAGGAACGGUCUAAUGAUUACGCCCAGGACCCGGCUGUCCUCUCCCCUCAGUGAAGGGUUCAGAUGAUGGAGAACUCUGUCAGGAGACGGUCUGCACAAGCCAGUGGGAUUCGGGGAUUCGCAGCAGUGUUAGCGUUUUGCUUUUCCUUUUUUAGUUUUUACCGCUUCUGUCCUCCGAUCAUCUUAGAAAACUAUUUUUAUCCUGAAGGUUCGGGGAUUAAAACCACAGUUUUUCUUUGCCCUGGAUGCAUUAUUUUUUUCGCCUUGUAAUUUGAUAAAACAGCAUGGCCAAUCUAGGAGUUUGUUUUAAUUAAUUUUUUAACCGUUGUCUGUGACAGGACUGUGAGCGGGACGGCGUAUGCAGACACUGGGAUGUCUCUCGAAGGCGUAUCAAAGAUUCAGUGUGCGUUACGAUGGAUGCAUAGAGUUGCUAUUGUCUGCGGCUUGCUUGGCCCUCAGACGGUGUUUUUUAUUAACGUAAGGUGUAUCAUCAAAAGUCUCAGAUAUAGCAGCUGGGUCCUUGGCUUCUACGUGUGAUAUAUUUUUUAUGAUGAAAUGAAACGGAGUCAGGUGUUUUGGAAAGAGGUAUAUAUAUAUAUAUUAAUCCAUGGUGGUAAAGCUAUUUGUAAAGCUGCUUUGGAUGAAACAUUUCUUUGGGAUUUUGGAAGAAAAAAAAUCUGUAGUUUUACGCUCCUUGUUUUGCUAUGCAAGCUGAAAAAAUCUCAGUUUAUAAGAAUCUCAAGUAUAUGGAAGUCUGUUUCCACCACGCAAUACGAACGUUAAGGUAGUUGUGACUUUUUUUGUAUUACACAAUUCCUAAUUUAUUUCUGGAAAUUGUGAGCGUAUAUCUUAGUUAUUUUAGUUAACCUCUUGCAAUUUUUUCCCCAAAAUUCUGAGUUAACAUC